AUGGCAUCCAACGGCACAAACGACGCAGUCAUGGCCUCCACCCCCUCUAAACCCGCCACGACCGACCCCUCCGCCGUCAGCAUAAGCGAAGUCCGCCAGACCAACACGCGCGAAAACCGCACCGCCGCCCACAGCCACAUCAAAGGCCUCGGGCUGCGCUCAGACGGCUACGCCCUCCCGGACAGCCAUGGCUUCAUCGGCCAGACUUCCGCGCGAGAAGCGUGCGGUGUCGUCGUGGACCUCAUCCGCUCGAAGAAGAUGGCGGGCAAAGCUGUGCUCUUAGCGGGCGGACCAGGGACGGGCAAGACCGCGCUCGCGCUCGCGGUGUCGCAAGAGCUAGGGACGAAAGUGCCGUUCUGUCUGAUGACCGGGAGCGAAGUCUACUCGGCGGAGGUGAAGAAGACGGAGGCGCUGAUGGAGAAUUUUCGGCGCGCGAUCGGGUUGCGGGUGCAGGAGCGCAAGGAGGUGUAUGAGGGGGAGGUUGUGGAGUUGACGCCUGAGGAGAGCGAGAAUCCGCUUGGUGCUUAUGGACGGACGAUCAGUCAUCUGGUGAUUACGCUAAGGAGCUCGAAGGGGACGAAGAAGUUGAGGUUAGAUCCCAGCAUUUACGAGGCGGUGCAGAAGGAGCGGGUGAGGGUGGGGGAUGUGAUUUACAUCGAAGCGAACACUGGCGCGGUCAAGAGGGUGGGGAGAAGUGAUGCGUUUAGCACGGAAUUUGAUUUGGAGGCGGAGGAGUACGUGCCGGUGCCGAAGGGCGAGGUGCACAAGAAGAAGGAUAUUGUGCAAGAUGUCACGCUGCACGAUUUGGAUGUCGCAAAUGCCCGACCGCAGGGCGGACAGGACGUCAUGAGCAUGAUGGGGCAGUUGAUGAAGCCGAGGAAGACGGAGAUCACGGAGAAGCUGAGAGGGGAGAUCAACAAGCUGGUGAACAAGUACAUCGACCAAGGGGUGGCGGAGCUGGUGCCGGGCGUGCUGUUCAUCGACGAGGUCCACAUGCUCGACCUAGAAUGCUACACCUACCUCAACCGCGCGCUCGAAUCCCCUCUCUCCCCCAUCGUCAUCCUCGCCUCCAACCGCGGCCUCACCCCCAUCCGCGGCUCGCCCUCCCUCGUCUCCGCCCAUGGAAUCCCACCCGACCUCCUCCCCCGCCUCCUCAUCAUCCCCACGCACCCAUACACCGCGACCGAAAUCCGCAGCAUCAUCACCAUCCGCGCGCGUCUUGAAUUCGCUACCCCGACCUUACCGACUUUGUCCCAGGAUACUGAGGCCGCGAAGAACCAGAUGCUGAAGGUGUCGGCGAGUCUGUCUGAGGAAGCGCUAGAGGAGCUGACGCGGCAGGGGACGAGUGUGAGUCUGCGGUAUGCGCUGCAGUUGCUUGCGCCGGCAGGGAUUUUGGCACGGGCGAGGGGGAGCGAGGGUGGGUUGGUGGGAGGAGAGGAUGUGAGGGAGGCGACGGGGUUGUUCUGGGAUGCGGGGAGGAGUGCGGAGAGUUUGAGGGGUGGGAGUGGGGGGGAGUUCAUUUCGUGA